AUGGCAGUGAAGUCAAAGAAGGCCGCAACGGGACGUGCAAGAGGUCGACCAACAAAAGCCAUCAAAGAUGACGAAGUCAACGGAGCAGAGAAGACUACUGUAGCAAAGCCAGUCAAAACGAUAGAAAAAGCGAGUUCCGGAAAGAAGCGUGGACGUCCAGCUGGCAGUGGUAAGAAGAAGUCCGGACGAAAGCCAAAGAAGAAGAAGGCCCAGAGCGAAAGUGAAGAAAGCGAAAAAGAGGUAGAAGCCAUGGACGGUAACGUAAGCGAUGAUGAGAAAGAAGACGAGUGA